GACAAUACCGCGCGCGGCGCCGCCGCCUCGACCCGACUCUUUAUUUAUUUAUUUGAAAGGCGUCCAACCUGCGCCCUCGUGACGCGCAUGCGCAGUGCGAGUGGCUCCCAGAGUGCAUUGCGCGCUCCUUUCUCCCCCGUCUGCGCUGCCGACAUGACUAAGAAGAGGAGGAACAACGGGCGUGCGAAGAAGGGCCGUGGCCAUGUGCAGCCGGUGCGCUGCACGAAUUGCGCACGCUGCGUGCCCAAGGAUAAGGCGAUCAAAAAGUUUGUCAUCAGAAACAUUGUGGAGGCUGCAGCUGUGCGUGACAUCUCCGAGGCCAGCGUCUUUGAGUCUUACGUGCUUCCCAAGCUGUAUGCCAAGCUGCACUACUGUGUGAGCUGCGCCAUCCAUAGCAAGGUGGUGAGGAACAGGUCGAGAGAGGCACGCAAGGACCGCACGCCUCCACCAAGGUUCCGUCCUGCUGGGGCCCAGGCUCCACGUGUGCCACCGCCUCCAAAGCCCGUGUAAACCAACGGAACGUUGUGGAAGCAAAAACCAUGUUCAAUAAACGUUGAAAGAUCUGA